AUGUAUAGCGCUAAGGCAACCAGUGCCCUGUGUGGAGAGUUUAAGGUCAUAAUACCACAGACUAUAGAGGUUGUUAGUGGAUCCUGUGUGACCAUCCCCUGCUCCUUUGACAGAAAUGAUUGUUUAUUCAGUGACUGGUCAAAAUCUACCUUCCCACCAGCUGAUCCACCCAGACCGACUCUGACUCCGACUCCGUCCACACUGGAGGUGAAGAAAGGAACCUCAGUGAGUUUGACGUGCUCUGCUCCAGCUCCCUGUCUGUCUCAUCCUCCAACUCUGACAUGGACCCCCGGCCUCGGUGACAGUCAGGAGACACUGCAGGAGAAUCAGGACAAAACUAAAGUCCAGACCUCUGUUGUCAGCUUCACUGCUUCUCACCUCCAUCACGGAAAGACAAUCUCCUGUACUGCCACCUACAACAAACAAGAUGGCAGCACUGAGUCAGCCGUUAGCACAAGUUUAACAGCUGACAUUUCAUGUGACCUGUGUGGAGUGUUUAAGGUCAUAAUGCCACAGACUAUAGAGGUUCCUAGUGGAUCCUGUGUGACCAUCCCCUGCUCCUUUGACGUGGAGAACAAAUAUAAAUUGCAGCUAGACAACACAUGUAAAGCACAAUGGAAAAAAGAUGGAGUUACUGUGUUUGAUAGCAGCCAGCCACAAACAACUACAAACAGCGGACAACUGACAGGAGACUUGACCAAAAAAGACUGCACCACAACCCUGAACAACAUACAACCUGAUGACAACAACAAAAAAUAUUCCUUCAGACUGGACUGCGCAGGCUUAGGAUAUGAUUUUUCUGAACAAAUCUCUUUUUCAGUCACAGCUGAUCCACCCAGACCGGCUCUGACUUCGUCCACACUGGAGGUGAAGGAGGGAGCCCCAGUGAGUUUGACGUGCUCUGCUCCAGCUCCCUGUCUGUCUCACCCUCCAACUCUGACAUGGACCCCCGGCCUGGGUGACAGUCAGGAGACACUGCAGGAGAAUCAGGACAAAACUAAAGUCCAGACCUCUGUUGUCAGCUUCACUGCUUCUCACCUCCAUCAUGGAAAGACAAUCUCCUGUACUGCCACCUACAACAAACAAGAUGGCAGCACUGAUUCAGCUGUUAGGACAAGUUUGACAGCUAAUAUUUCAUAUUCACCCCAAAAGACCACAGUGUCAGUCCAUCCAUCUGGUCCAGUAUCAGAGGGCAGAGAUGUGACUCUGACAUGCAGCAGCAGCGCCAACCCGCCAGUAAAGACCUACACCUGGUAUAGAGCCAAUGGAGAUCAGGAGACUUUUAUUGGGAGCGGAGCUGUUUUAAACAUUAAAGCAUCUAAAGACAACAGUCUGUUUUUCUGCAAGGCUCAAAAUGAUCUUGGAACUGCACGAUCCGACAAUAGACAAAUAGAUGUUCAGUAUUCACCCCAAAACACCAUAGUGUCAGUCCAUCCCCUGGGUCCAGUACAAGAGAACAAACAUGUGACUCUGACAUGCAGCAGCAGCGCCAACCCGCCAGUAAAGAACUACACCUGGUACAGAGCUGAUGGAGGCCAGGAGACUUUUAUUGGGGCCGGAGCUGUUUUAAACAUUACAGCAUCUAAAGACUACAGUCUGUUUUUCUGCGAGGCUCAAAAUGAUCUUGGAGCUGGACGAUCAAACAUCAGCCAAAUAGAUGUUCAAUUUUCCCCACAGAUCCUGCCCUCAUCUCAUUGUACCAUAGCUGAAGCCCAGCUCAGAUGUUCCUGCAGGACUGUGGGAAAUCCUUCUCCCACUUUACAGUGGUAUUUGGACGGGUCACCUGUCAAUCACUCUUUUGCAAUAAGCAACCUAAGUGACACAGGUCUGACGAGCAACCUUACUGUGGAUCAACCACAGGAGAAAAAUCUUUCCACCCUGCUCUGCCGCAGCUCCAACUCUCUUGGAUCUGCCAGUCGACAUUUUUGCGUCAACAGCAUUGAGCCUCAAACAUCUGCACAAAGUCAAGAUCCAGUGACGUUGCCAGUCUUCAUCACCAUAGUUGGCGCACUACUAGUCAUAGUAUGUGCUCUUCUGUUUGUCAUCAGUAAAAGUUCUACUGUAUUUUUCAGGAAUUUGAAGACUCACUAUAACCUUCUUAAGAGUCAGCGCAGAGGUGACACCAGCACAGUUACUACGAGCCAACUUCUAUCAAAUGGAGAGGACAAUCAGGUACCCAACACAACAGAGGAGGACAUCUAUGUAAACACCAGUGAGCUGAGACAGGCAGAUGUGGCCCAGCCGGAAACUAUCUCUGAGCCAAACAGCACCAACUUGCCAAGCUCUGGACAAAACAAUGCAGAAGGGGCCAGUGAAAGUUCAGAGAAGAAAAAUGAGGAGGGCAAUGAUGUGAUUUACUCUGCUGUGAAUUGGAAGACCAAGAGCAAGAAGAAGAAAGGAGACGACUCUCUGAACAUGAAUCAGCCUGGUAGCUCCUAUCUGGAGGAGGAGAGGUGCAUAGUGGGAGGCAUGGGCAGAGAUUUUGUGAGCAAUGCACUGGAGAUGGAAUGCCUAUAUGACAAAGUGAAGCCUAGAAAUGUGGAGAAGGAAGUGGAAGGUGAAUAUGCCCAAGUUAAAUUUAAAGACAAGCGUCCUAUGCACAAAUAGAUCACAGUUCUAUAUUGCUGUGCCAAGUUUCGAAAAAUGAUUUGCUUUCUUGUACAUAUGUUUUCUUU